GUAAACUUCCUGAGUUACGUGCAGCUGACUUCGUUGGCGCUGCCCAGCCUGACCCACAGCAAGGGCUGCCUGGUGGUGGUGUCUUCGCUGCUCGGCCGCGUGCCCACGUCCUUCUCCAGCCCCUACUCGGCGGCCAAGUCCGCGCUGGACGGCUUCUUCGGCUCCCUGCGGCGGGAGCUGGACGUGCAGGACGUGAACGUGGCCAUCACUAUGUGCGUCCUGGGCCUCCGAGAAGGCGCCUCCGCCUCCGAGGGAGUCAGGUGAGGCCGGGGCGCGAGUCGGGGACCGGACUGGGGG